AUGUACAGCGAUUCCAUCUCUUCCUCUUCUUCUCCCAGAUCCAGGCGUCGAUUCAGAUCGACGAUAUGCGGCGGCUUCUGUUCCAACUCCACAGAUGUUGCGGUCGUCGAGACGGAGAGAAUGAGGACUUCGCACAGGUCUCCGUACACUUGGCUGAAAUCCACGGCGCAUGAGCUGGAGGUUAAGGAAAAAUGUCUAGGUCUCAUUGCAAGGAUCGGCGCGAAAAGCGGAAGGAAGCAUCAUUCCGCCGAUUUCAGCUACGAUCCGUUCAGUUACGCUCUCAACUUCGAGGACGAUCAUUUCGAUGACGCCGAGUUUCAUCCAAGCUUCGCGUCGAGGUUGCCGAGUUCGCCGCUGAGAUCUGCGAAGCCCAAUUUUGUCCGCGAUACGACGGCGGUUCAUGUAUCCAAGGAGACUCUGUCCAUAGCCAUUUUCGAGCAUCCGCAAUUCGCCUGA